GAGUGUGUGGAGGUAGGCAGUAGCGAGCCACGAGUAUUGGAGGUCAAGCCACAGUCGUCGGAAUCGUAACUAAUCAUUCAGUCGAGUCGCGUUGGUGAAAGAACUUCGGUCUACAUUUUAUUUUUCUCUUAAUCACAAAAAGUUCAACAAGUGUGGAAAGUUUUUUUUUUCCUUUCGGGCAGUUUGUUUUUGAAGAAAAUAAAAGUUCAUUUUUUAAGGACUUUUGUGUGGUAAAGUGAAUUAAAAAGAAAAGAAGAAAAAAAUGCCUGAAACAGUGGUAACAGUGGAUUCAUCGCAACAGCGAACACAGCCACAACCAAAGCCAGCAUCGAGCCUCUCUUGGAUUCAGUGCAAUGUCAGCUACUUCCUCACCCUGCCUGGAAUCCUCAAAAUCAUCCAAUUGAUAUUCGGUGUAAUUUGCAUGGCCCUCACUUCACCAGCAAGGCUAGGUGGAACACACUUCUUCCUCUUUGUCGUUGUUAUCACAUUCAUUGCCACUCUUCUGUGGUGCUUUGUGUACCUGCUGGGUAUCCGUGAGGUCCUCAAUUUACCCAUCAAUUGGCCCCUAACCGAGCUCGUAAACACAGGCCUCGCCACAAUCCUCUAUUUCCUGGCCUUUGUCGUCCAAUUCAUCACAUGGGGCAGCUACACAGGCUGGGGCGUUGGCGCCAAUGUUGCCGGUGGAGUCUUUGGUAUCUUCAACUGUAUAGCCUAUGCGGCAGGCACGUACUUCCUCUACGUAGAUCACAGAUCCGGCUAAUAAAUUAUACUAUGUAUUAUGUAUUUCUCAAUUCGAGCGCACACCAAUUUUCACACACAAACCGCCCCCAUUUUAUGCGGGGAUAAUGUUUAGUGCCAAAAACACCACGCAAUUUUUUUGUGUAUCCUUUUUUUUAUACAAAUAACUAAAUUAACUUAUAAAUGUACCUACUUUUUAUCCUUUUGUUCCCUUUAUUUUAUUUCAUUUUUUUUAUUGUUGUUGUGUAAAUUCCAACUUUUUUUUUGUAGCGAAAAAAAAGGAAUCAUUUACAAAGAGAGAGAAAUUGUACGAAGGGAAGAAUAUUGUAUUUAAAAAUAAAAGAAAAUUAAGAAUUGUCUCCCAUCUAUCACAAAUCUAAAUUUAAGGAAAAUGUCGUUUUAAAUAAAAACAUCGUAAUAAAGUUAAUUUGUACGUUUAAGGAAA